AUGCUAGUUCACUCACUUUUUUAUUCUUCUACACUCUUCUUCUUUGUAAACGCCCGUCUCUUUUCACGAGCAGAUGUAAAUUCGUGCUUGACCGGCCUCAACGUGACCUACCCGGGUGACCCUGCGUUCCAAUCAGAAAGUCAGGCCUUUAACGCUCGUCUCUCCUACAUACCAGCCGCCAUUGUCCUGCCAUCCUCUGUACAAGAUGUUGAAAAACUCGUGUCCUGUGGUGCAAGUCUCAACGUAUCCGUCGUCGCACGCUCCGGUGGUCACUCAUACGCAGCCUAUGGUCUCGGUGGCCAAAACGGCUCGCUCGUCGCCGAUCUCUCGCAAUUAAAGGACAUUACCCUCAACGGAGACGGCACAGUCGUCGUCCAGACUGGCAAUCGACUUGGAGAACUCGCGAGCUAUCUUUGGAAUAACGGCCAGCGCGCUCUCCCCCAUGGGACGUGCCCAAAAGUCGGCACAGGUGGUCAUACGAGUUAUGGUGGGUAUGGACCGUACAGCCGCAUGGCCGGUCUUCUCAUGGACCGCGUCGUGGGUGCCCAAGUCGUCUUGGCCAAUGGGACGACUGUGACCGCAUCAAACACGACCAAUUCAAAUCUCUUUUGGGCACUCAAGGGCGCUGCACCUUCGUUUGGCAUCGUCACCUCCUGGACCUAUUCGACCCUCUCCGCACCCCCGACAACCGUCUUUUUCACCAUUAACCUUCCACGGUACACGACAAGCGACAGCUUUACAUCCGCAUUCACCGCAUACCAAUCCUUUGCGCGUAAUGCACCCAAAGAGAUCGCAAUGGCAUUCAGCUUUGGCGCAAACAAUGGUGGACUCGGCGUACAGCUUCUCGGAAAUUACUUUGGCUCCAAAGCAGACUUUACGGCCCUCGUGAACCCUCUCGUCCAGCAGCUCGGCGCGUCCAUUGGCACGGCAGACGAGUACACGGAUUGGACCAAAGUCCUCGUCGCAAAUGCCUAUGGUGAGGCACUCGUGACCGCCGGCCCCAGUCCGCCGAAUACCUUUUUCGCCAAAUCGCUCGUCACGACGGAUAAUCUCGACGAUGCUUCUGUCAAGCGCUGGGCGGAUUACCUUAUCAAUACUGCGGCAAGGGCGGAUAUCAAUUGGUUCAUUCAGGCUGAUCUCUAUGGUGGAGCGAUUUCGAGCGACUAUACUGCCGAUAGUAGCUCGUUUGCGCAUAGGAAUGCGUUUCUCGUGAUCCAGUUUUACGGAUCCUCGACCAAUAAUGCUCCCUAUCCUUCGGAUGGGAUCGACAUUGUCAAUGGCAUGGUCACCUCGUUGCAAUCCAACCCGUCUGCCGCCUAUCCAAACUAUAUUGAUCCGACGUUGAGUCCCGACCAAUGGCAGGCUCAGUAUUUCGACGGGAACAUGCAGCGACUCAGUGGGAUCAAGGCCCUCUAUGAUCCCAACAACGUCUUCAAUUUUCCACAGUCGAUCCCGGUAGGGGACAGAUCUAAUGUCAACGCGUCGUCUUCUGGACCUUCGCCCACUGGAACCAAUGGCUCUUCUACCCCUAAUUCUGCUCCUCGCCGUGGAGCUGGGAUGGUUUCUUUCCUCUUUACCUCGCUCGCUCUCGUCUUGAUAUCGGACAGAGACCCCAUUGAAGACGUGGAAGAAGAACUCUUCUUGCUGUACUCGCGGCGCAGCGGCUUUAAACCCCCAACGGAGGAUCCACUUGACGAUAUCAUCGUCUCUGAUGCUCAACAUGGAUCUGCAUUGGGUCUCGUUGACCAGCGGCACGAUAGUGUCCGAUUGCAAUUCUCUUAUCAAGACGUAGGCUCUUCAGCACCGGGGCCCGCCUUAGGUGAAUCGAAGAGGAAGAAGAGGGUCAAGAGGACCAAUCAGUCCAGUGUAAAGACUGUAGAAGUCGAAUUGGCGCAGGACAUUACAGGAUUGAGGACAAGGGUUGGCGAUACAGGUGGAGGUGUCUGGCGAGGAAGCGUUCUACUAGCACAGACCCUCUUGAAACAGCUACACGGAGACAAAUCUGGCCUAUUCAAUCCCUCGAGUCUUUCCAAAGUCUGCGCACUCGAGCUCGGCGCGGGAACAGGCCUACUAGGCUUGAUCCUCAAUACCUCGUUCAAGGCAUACACAUGCACAGACCUCCCGGAUCUGGUUCCUCUUAUCAAUAAAAACUUUCAUCUCAAUCCACAUCUCGCCUCGAUCUCUCUCAAAGCGAUGCCACUCGAUUGGUGCACCGUCUUGCAAUGUCCACCAGCUUCGCGCCACCGAGUGUUCCCGCGAACAAUAGAUCCACAGCCACCAUCAGAAGAAUCAGGAAACGUUGAUCUCGUUCUUGCUGUCGACUGUGUUUACAACUCUGCUCUCGUUGCGCCGCUAUUGGCGACUAUCGACCACUAUGCGUCACCUGGAAAGACUUGGGUCAUGGUAGUGAUGGAACUACGCGACGAUGAGGUCACGGUUGGACGGUGCAGCCAGUGGGAAACGAAAGACAUCCGUCUCUAUUAG